UGCAGCGCGUGCAGCAGCUCAGCUCGGCUCACCAAGCAGCAGACGGUGGCCCAUCCUCCAAUUUCCUCCCAUCGUUUCUAUUUUUGCCUCUUUUUCCACCCCUUUUAUUUAUUUAUUUUGCUUUCGCCGGCUCAAAGAAAUGUCGGCCAGACAGGGAUUUUACCGGCAGGAGCUGAACAAGACUGUGUGGGAGGUUCCGGAACGGUACCAGAACCUGACGCCGGUGGGCUCCGGAGCCUACGGUUCGGUGUGUUCAGCUUACGAUGUGGUGUCAAGGCAGAAGGUUGCAGUGAAGAAGCUGUCCAGGCCUUUUCAGUCGCUGAUCCACAGUCGCCGCUCGUAUCGGGAACUCAGGCUUCUCAAGCACAUGAAACACGAGAAUGUAAUAGGGCUGCUGGAUGUCUUCACACCUGCUGCAACAUUAGAAGACUUCAAUGAACUCUACCUGGUGACUAACCUGAUGGGUGCAGACCUCAAUAAUAUUGUCAAGUUUCAGAGGUUGUCAGAUGAACAUGUACAGUUCUUAAUUUAUCAGCUGCUUCGUGGCCUCAAGUACAUCCAUUCAGCAGGACUGAUCCACAGAGACCUUAAACCAAGUAAUGUUGCAGUGAAUGAAGAUUGUGAGUUGAGGAUCCUUGACUUUGGAUUAGCAAGACAGACGGAUGAUGAGAUGACAGGGUAUGUGGCAACCCGCUGGUACCGAGCACCAGAAAUCAUGCUGAACUGGAUGCACUACAAUCAGAAUGUUGACAUUUGGUCAGUGGGCUGUAUUAUGGGAGAGCUGCUGAAAGGAAAAGUCCUUUUCCCUGGCACAGACUAUAUUGAUCAGCUGAAGAGAAUAAUGGAGGUGGUUGGGACUCCAACGCCAGACCUGUUAAAGAAAAUCUGCUCUGAACAUGCACAGAAGUAUAUCCAGUCUCUGCCCUUCAUGCCCCAACAGGACCUGGAAAAGAUCUUCAGAGGAGCAAAUCCACUGGCUGUUGAUCUACUCAAGCGCAUGCUGGUUCUGGACUGUGAUGGGAGGAUCUCAGCCAGUGAGGCUCUGUCCCACCCAUAUUUCUCACAGUACCAUGAUCCUGAUGACGAACCAGAGGCCCCACUUUACGACCAAACACUGGAGAGUAAAGACCGAACUCUAGAAGAAUGGAAAGAGUUGGUAUUUGAAGAGGUGAACAGCUUUAAAACACCCAGCAACAAGACCGAUAGCCUUCAGGUGGAGCAGUGAACCUCUCAGCUCUGCUGUAUCCUCCAUCUGUAGAAAGACCACAUACUCAGUGAAUGUGAAAAGAACAGUGGAAAAUCAAGUGAUGGAAACAACUUGUGUCUGACUGCCUGUCAUGGGUCAAUCUGAGCAGCAGGAUAUGACUGACUCCGUGGGACCAGACGUCCACAUGACAAAUACAGGGAGGAUUUUAGAAAUAAAAGGACCUCUGCAGUGCAGAAAGUUGCUUCUUUUUAUAUUUACCCUCACAGAAGAUUAAAUGAGGAAUACUCAACAUCAGGGAUUGCAGAGGAUGGGAUGAUUCAUAUGAAGGAGCAACUUUAAUCAACUGAACAGUGUUUACAGACUGUCAAAAAGGUACUGAAGUAAGAAAAAGAUGCACACUAGGAUUUCCAAAGCAAUGACAGGGAUGCCGUCUCAUCAUGAACAGUCAGUGCUUCAUGUAUGGAAUUCAUGUUUAAAGGCUUAAAGCACCAUUUAAAAUCACAAAACAGCUUAGCAUUUAGCCUACAUACUACUGAUGCAUGGUUUCAGUGCAUUUUAUUGUUGCAACAUAUUAAUGGUACUGUAUUAUAAUCACUAAGAGUCCAUAUUGCAUCAUUGGUAUUAAACUAGAAUGAUGGUGAAAGAGAGAGGCAUUACUGGGGAAUCUUACCAACUUUCAAUGUGUUCCAUCUUAAUUUGAGUCAUUUUUCUAUCUUUUCUCGACAAAAGACAAACUACCUGUACUGCUUUUCCUCUCCUGUUUAUGGAAUAGUAAACACCAACUGUGCUAUUAAUCAGUAAGGUAAGUAAUAUUUGCCAAACCUGGAGCAGAGCGACUUGGCCGCAGGUCUGUGUUUACAGUGUAACCUCACUUCUCAUAUACAGUUUCUGCUGAUGAUUGAUUGUUAACCUGUUGGCUUUGGCAGCACUCCACCAGGUUUCCAUGCUUCAUUGCAGUGUCUUUUAUAGCCCACAUAUGUGUUUACAGUGAUUUAGAUUGCAGAAAUGUUAUUAACUUUUAGAAAUGGUUCCCAGAGGGUAUGUAAACAAUGCUGGAUAAUCUGUUAUACAACUUGUAGCUUCAUCCAAGCAACAACUGGUCAAGUUCCCCAGGCGGGUUAGUCACAUGGCAGCCAUAUCUGGCUGCUUAUGGCAACUGGGGAGCUCAUUAGUCAACUUUCAAGUUACUUAGGCUUGUUUUUUUGUAUUUAUAAUGCUUGAUUAUUAGAAAUUAAACUAACCAUUAGUGGCACCGAUAUCAUGCACAAGCCCAGUUAUUUACCUUGAUUCUUUUAUGAUUCAGGGCAACAUUAUUACAACAUAUCCAUAAUUAUGUAAAGCUGCACCUAGACAGGUAAUGUUUGUAUAAGAAGCAUGAUCUCGGUGCAGAUUAGGAUAAAAACAGCCGACUUCCUUACUGAUGCGUCAUUCAUCUUGCAGGAGACUGGAGUUUUAGUUCUACAAAACUUUUGCUGAGGUAGAAAUAAUCUGGUUGUGUUAAACCACAGCACGCAGAGCCAACAGAUCACAAGUUUCAGCACAAUACUGGAGUUCAGAGCAAAUGUGCAUCCUCACCAAGAUCAACAAUCUAUCUUGUAAUACUUCCUCUGUCUCCCAAGUUUCAUCAGACAUGGCCUGGUAGUUUUCAUAUUGAAGCUAACAGACAUCUGAGAGUUGCAUAAUAUGCAAAUCAUGUAUUAGAUGCAAUGUCAAAAAACACAUGUAAGCUUAAGUUUGCCCAAAUGACCCUCUAAUGUCAAGUAAAAAUGCAUCUAUCCUAUAAAGAUGUGCUAUUUUAGUAAACAUUUUGGCCUGGCUAGCUUUUUAAAGAGCUAAAAAGCAAGUUUAUUUGAUUAGCAUAAAUCAUCGACAGUGAUUCAAAGUGCUGUACAGAGACAUUGAAACAUUAGAAAAUAAAAAGCAUAAUUUCAAAUUAAAAACACAGUCUUUGUAAUACAAAGGCCGUAGAAAUGUGACUAGAGAGCUGUUUGGAUUUGUAACUAAUACUGAAGCUCAUUUGAGGUUUGACCAUGUAGAUUUAGAUGAAGCUAUCUAGGAGUCAACCUGCUUGAUAAGGGAAAUUACCAUUAUAACAUAUGGUGCAGUUCUUCAUAAACACACAACAUCAACUCUGUCUGCUCAUGUUUUACUCAAUGAGAUCAUUUCUACCUCGCUGAAACUUGCACCAUUCAAACAAUAAUUUACCCUUUAUAAAUAAUUUCAGGAUUACAGGAAAGGAAAGGCGCUCUUAGCUGUGUAACGUUUCACACUGGACUGCUACAUGUAGCCUUUUGAGCAAGUCGUCUAUUAACACUGGAUGCAAAAUUAAUUUACUGUUGAAGUGGAUCAAACCUGUGUCUCGGUCAGAGUGUGUUAGAACUCUGAAUGUUAAAGUGUUAUGUGCUUAUGUAAAUGUUGUACAUGUGAUGGGUUUAAAUAGAAACUGCAAACUGAAUGUAAAUGUAUACUGUAUGUAUGUUAUAAGAUAGUGGUGACUUCUGAAUACAUGUUGGCAUGUGAUUCCAUUGUAUGAGUUUCACAUCACUAAAAAGAAUGUCAGCUUUGUUUGCAAAUGCCUCAUUUGAUUUUCUGAACAGGUAACUUUGCAAGUUUUGGAUGGACAUUAAAUAUCAUAAUUUCUGUUUGUCA